ACGUCUGAUACAUAUUUCAUACCCAUUAAAAACAGCGUUAGUUUCGUAGUUAUUGCAAAGCGAGAAUACAGACGAAUUUUGUGACUUCACGGUCAGGAAAACCAUCUCUGUCCCUUACUCAUGUUUAAUGAAAUCAUGUUCAAUGGGUAGAAGUUCACGAGAUAGAAAAAAGCGUACCAGAGUGUCAGAAGAAGAGGAACAGAAAAAGAUUCGGGACAGUAUUCUCAAAGUUUUCCAAGCUAGAUUGUCAACACCAGGUAAAGGUGGUGCAUUACUAGUAGCUGAACCAAGACCAACUGAAAAAUCAAAGCAUAAAAAACAAAAGAAACAUAGAGCAGUAAGUACUAGCACAAGUACAGAUGAUUCCUCCUUUCAGAGUAUGAGUGGGAGGGGUAGGAAAAGAACCAAGUCUUUAACUAGAAGGAAAUCCAGGAAAAUCACUAAACAGAAAAAAGAGGUAGAGAAAGAUACAGCUGUUGCAAAGCAUUUGAGAGGUUGCCCAUGGACUUCAGCCGGAAUAAAGAAUGACAUAAGGAAUAAACCAAAGAUGUAUUCUCAUUCCAGGAUUACACAAAAAGUUGGACUGAUCAGAACAGGAACAAAGAGUGAACUGGCCAGUAGAGGUAUAGUUGUUCCAGAACAUAUCUCCAAACAGACAGAUGAAGAGAUCAGAAAGAUGAGUGAAGAAGCAGAGGCUGAGCUACAUAUGGCUGGAGAUAUUGAAGUUGCUGAAAAGUUGGUUUUGAGUAGAGUAAGAGCUGGUAGUUCUGAAAAGAAGUCACUGACACCAGCUUCUAUAGAUAUGAGGCCCCAGUUCUCUGUGCCGAGUAGUGCGGAGAGUGUUAAAGAUAGGCAAAAUCAAAGUGGUGUUGGAAGUGGAAAAUUUCCAGAGACAUUACCUGUGGGGGAAACUGUAGCUUCAUUGUUGGUAACACUCAAGUAUCAUACAAGAACACUAUAUCCCGGAAGAGAUUAUUUGAAAGAGACCCACGAUGAGUUGCUGAAACUCUUGAAGCAAAAUGCUCCUAGAAGUGCUACACCUACCAGAUUGCCUGUGUUCAGCACUAUAACUAAAUCUGGCUCGGUCAGGAGACCUCUGGUGGAAUCUUUUGACAUUAAAGACUCACACAGUACCGAUAAUAAAAGAAAUGCAGCGGAUGUGAUGGAUGUUGGUAAUAAGAAUGACACAGAACAUGCUUAUUCUUUCAAUAAACAUAUUUCUAUGGUGCCAAAGAUCAACUUUGCGGAUAAAAACCCAUUUCAAGCAACUAAUAAUAAUGGAGGAAAAUCUCAUAGUGAUGUAAGAAAUGUAUAUCAUACUGGUUUAAGUAGCAUAAAAAGAAUCCGAGAUCAGCAUUAUAGUUAUAAACAGUUAGAUGUAAAUGGUAAUGCUAAUGGUAAGGAGGGUAAGGAGAAUGAUUAUGAAGAGGAGAGUUUACAUCAUUUAUAUAACAAUUCAAGAUUGUUAGAUCAUAGGAGGAAGAAAGUUCAGGCGGAGAUCAGAUCAUAUAUUGACACACACAAAAACAGUCACAGUGGUGAUAUUAAAAGUGGCAACUUAGCCAUUAAGAAUCAAUUUAGUGGAAUAGAUUACUUCUUUGCUAGAAGUAAACUAGAGGAAGAUGACUAUUUCUUCCCAGGUAGUAGUACAUCAUGUGGUCAGAAAAUGCCAAAGUCUCCUGUACUUAAAAGUCGAGUAAAGCUAGUAAUGCCUCGGUCCCCUGUGUUGAGUUGGGAGGCUACGAGUUUGUUACAGGUCAAUGAGGAGAAUGAUUAUGAUAGAGACAUGUUUGAACCGAUGGAAAUCGACACAAAAUCAGCUGAAGCUGUGAAUCUGUUGCAGCAAAAUGAUAUACUGAAAGAUAGAUCAAAACAACAUCUACUCAUCGAAAGGCAGGUUUCAGGUCUUGAUAGAACUUUAGAUUGGGUGAAGAGAGAAGGCCGAAGUAACAGUCAAUGUUCACAUUGUUCUCAAGAUUCUGGAGAAUUUAAUUCACAUGUGCAGGUUGAAGCUAUGGAUAUACUGGACUAUGCUGACCAAAUAGGUAGAGAUUCUUACAUGGACUGUCGAGGUGACCAGACUGCUUCACUAAACACAUCCACAUCAGACUGUUCCGGGUCACUAGGUUGGAGGGCACGAGACACUGUCCCACACAGAAAAACUGCUUUACCUGCAUCACCAAAAUCUCCUGAUGCACCAAAAUUCUACCCCAAGAAAAUGUUCUGA